GUUCUUUCAAAGGUUGAGCGGACUUGUGCUGAAAUUUUGGGAUCCAUUUCACUUUUCAGGCAAUCAAAAUUUUCGCACUUAUUACAUCACACUUUAAGUAUUUGGAUACAUUUACCAUUAUGUCCCUUAAAAUGAGUCACUGUAGUUUCGCUGAGAAUCACUUGGUGUCAGUAUAAGGACAAGUAAUAUGUUCAGCUUUUGUCGCCAUCUUCACUAGCUCCAUCCUCUUUCUCUCCCGAUGAUAAGCAUUUGCUGUAUGCGGGUUCUUAUUUUGUAUGAAAACUCUAUCAGAGAACAGUUGCAUUUUAAUCGUGUUGCGGGAAUUUCAUAUUAGCGUAUGAAAGUCGCUGUUUGUAAAGGAUAUCAUAAUUUUUUUAUUUUAGCAAAUUUUCAACAUGGAACAAAGGCGGCCGAAAACACGGAACGAGUGGAUAAAAUGGAUCACAUUCACCAUGACUUUGUUUUCAUUUUGGAGCAGCUCUUCAGCACAGUUUCGAUAUUCUGUCUUCGAGGAAGUUAAAGAGGGAACAGCUGUUGGAAAUAUCACGAAGGAUUUAGGUCUUGAUAUGACUACGAUGAAACAGAGGGACAUUCGCAUUGUUUACGGAUCGACAGAGCCUUUUUUUAGAGUGAACCAAAAUGAUGGCGUUUUGUAUGUGGACAGAACAUUUGAUCGAGAGGAAAUUUGCGACCGAAGCAAGGUUUGUGUGCUUGAUCUAAAAACAGUGCUUCAAAACCCGCUGGAAAUCCAUCACGUUGCGGUGGAGAUAUUGGAUGUAAAUGAUCAUGCGCCAGUUUUCGCACAUAAUGAAAGUACGUUGGACAUUUCUGAAUCUGCGCUGCCAGGCUCAAGAUUUCAGUUGCAAGAGGCACGUGAUGCUGACAGUGGCCCAUUGUCUGUUCGGCAAUAUAAGCUCAGUCAAAAUGGACAUUUCCGUUUGGAGGUGAAAGAUCGUGGUGAAGAUCGUAAAACACCUAGUUUAGUUCUUGAAAAGCCUCUCGACAGAGAAUCAGUUAAAAGUCAUGUGUUACUUUUGACAGCAUUAGAUGGAGGUAAACCUCCAAAAUCUGGUAACAUGACAAUAGUUGUUAAUGUUUCUGAUGUUAAUGAUAAUCCGCCAGUUUUUAGUCAGGAGUCAUACAUUGUGUCAAUUAAAGAAAACUCCCCUCCAGGUACGACCGUGAUCCAAGUUAGCGCAACAGAUUUAGAUGAGGGUUCAAACGGAGAGGUUAUGUAUUCAUUCGGAAACCACGUGGAUGCACGGGUACGUGAACGUUUUAGCUUAAACCCGGUAACUGGUGUCAUUGUUGUGACUGGAGUUUUAGAUUUUGAAGAAUGUAGCAGAUACGAAGUUGAUGUUCAGGCAUCUGACAAAGGCGCAGCCACACUAAAGACAGAUAAAACAGUGGUAAUUAAUGUGGUUGACGUGAAUGACAAUGAACCAAACAUUGAAGUGACGUCAUUUUCUCAUGCGAUCCCAGAAGAUUCAAAGCCAGGGACAACAGUGGCGCUUAUUAGUGUAAAAGAUGCUGAUUCUGGACUGAACGGAAAAGUUAUGUGUUACAUAAACCCAGAUCUUCCGUUUUUACUUACUCCUUCUUUGCAAAACAAUGCUUAUUCUCUAGUAACUAAAACUAUUUUGGACAGAGAAAAGGAAGCUCGCUAUAAUGUUAGAAUCAUCGCAAAAGAUGCAGGGGAGACAUCUUUAUCAUCAGAAAAGAUUAUACCAGUUCUUGUGUCUGACAUAAAUGACAACAUGCCCGAAUUCCAUAAACAUCCGUAUAUUUUUUAUUUAACAGAAAAUAACACUCCAGGAGAGAAAAUAUUUUCAGUCUCAGCCGGUGAUAAUGACGAAGGUAGAAAUGCACUUGUUUCAUAUUUAAUCUUAAGAGAUCAAGAAGGAACCAAUAUCCCGACAUCUUUUCUGAAUGUUAAUUCUGAAACUGGGGACGUCGUGGCACUGAAAAGUUUUGACUUUGAAACUCUAAAAACUUUCCAAUUCCGAGUUGUCGCCACUGAUUCUGGGACUCCGUCACUCAGCAGCAACGUCACAGUGAACGUGUUCAUUCUGGAUCAGAACGACAACGCUCCAGUCAUCCUGUAUCCACUCAGCUCCAACGGUUCUGCUGAAGGAGGAGAACAUCUGAAGAGGUAA